AUGUAUCCACCUUGUAAAAAGAAAAAACUUAAUAACAACGAGGUAACCAACAUUUUUUUAAAAAAUGAAAAUAAGAUGAGUGUUCAUAAUAUUUCUAUGAAUGCUGUUUUAUGUUCCUCAUUAAAUUUAGAUAAUAUUUAUAAAUAUUUUUCAAAUUGUAUAUAUAACCCUAGAGAAUUUAAAUGUAUGAGAAUUGAUGUACCCGUCAGUUUAAAUACAGUACAUAAAUAUAUAAAAUAUUUGAAUAAUAAAAAGGAAAGACAAAAUGAUGAUAUAUCUAAAAUGAAAAAUGAACAAGAGAAUGAAACAAUACAUUCUAAUAAUUAUAUUAAAGAAGAGAAUAUAACAACUGAAAGCAAUAACUUAAAUGAUAAUAAAUUAUCAGAUAGUAACAACUCUUUGAGUGGUAAAAUAUUAACAGAUAAUAAAUCAGAUGAGAAUUCAAUAAAUAUAUCUAAAAAUAAAUCUAAUAUAGAUGAUAAUAAUAGUGAUAAUAAAAAUAUAGAUAUUAUUUAUGAUAUGGAAACGAUGGAUGCUUUUAAUGAAUCUGAACAUACAAUGAAUAAAAAAUUAAUUAUUAAUGUUUCAAUUUUUUCAAAUGGUAAAAUUAUAUGUACAGGUAAUAACUCAAUUGAAGCUUGUAAAGUUGCUAUGAAAAAAAUUGAAAAGAAAUUAAAACAAUUAAAUUUUAAAAAUAUUAAAUUAAAAAAAAUAACAAUUACAAAUAUUUUGGCUGUAUAUAAUGUGGGAUUUUCUAUAGUCUUGCCCCUAUUUGCUCAAUAUUAUAAAAGUGUGGAUUAUGAUCCAAAUGUAUUUCCAGCAUGUAAAGUAAAAAUUGCCCUUAUGAAUGAUGAUAAUAAGUCUAAUGACAACAAUGAGCAUAAUGAUAAUAAUUAUGCUUGGUGUAAUGCUAAAAAUACAAUAGACAAGGAUAAGAGCAAAGUGGAUAUCGUUUCUGCUAGUAUUUUUUCAACUGGCAAUAUAACUUUAACAGGGGGAAAAAGUUACGAAAAUCUUCAAAAAUGUAUUAAUAUAUUAUUGCCAUAUUUAAUUAAAAGUAAAUCUCAACAUUGA